AUGGCUACGCCGCCUGUCCGACAAUGGGGUGUUACACCUCCCAUCUCGACCGUCCUGCCUACCAAGGAUGAGCUUUCGGCGAACGACGAUCUCAUUGCCGAGCUCAAGGCCCAGAACAACUUCGAGCUACCGACUGAAACGGAACGGAGAAAACAAGUGCUCCAGUUACUUCAGCGCGUCACAGUGGAAUUUGUGCAAGUCGUCAGUCGCAAGAAGGGUCUGUCACCUGCUGCUGUUGAGGCUUCUGGGGGUAAAAUCUUCACGUAUGGAAGCUAUAGACUGGGUGUAUACGGACCGGGCUCCGAUAUCGAUACCCUAGUCGUUGGACCUAAACAUGUCCUGAUCGAUGAUUUCUUCGCUGAAUUUCCCCCAUCCUCCAAAGAAUGGCUUCCGAAGGAGCCAUUGAAAAAAUGA